GUGAAAGGAAAGGGUCAGAGUGGCAUCCUUUGGGCUUGUGCCGGAAAGUGUUGCUGAACACCAAGCCUUUCAAGAUGGUCCUCCUGAGCAUCCUUAGAAUCCUUUUUCUUUGGGGACUGGUGUUUUUUAUGGAACAUGGGGUCCAAAUGACACAGGUAGGGCAGCCUUCUGUUGCCCUCCUGCCUGAGGCCCCUACCGUGCCCCUGAUUCGGGAGCUGCUAGAAGAAGCCCCUGGCAAGCAGCAGAGGAAGCCACGGGUCCUAGGGCCUCCCUUGCGGUAUAUGCUGGAGUUGUACCAGCAUUCAGCUGAUGAGAGUGGGCACCCAAGGGAGAACCGCACCAUUGGGGCCACCAUGGUGAGGCUGGUGAGGCCGUUGGCUAAUGUAGCAAGACCUCUCAGAGGCCCCUGGCACAAACAGACCCUGGACUUUCCUCUGAGAGCAAACCGGGUAGCAUACCAACUAGUCAGAGCCACUGUGGUUUACCGCCAUCAACUUCACCUAGCUCACUCCCACCUCUCCUGCCAUGUGGAGCCCUGGGUCCAGAAAAGCCCAACCGAUCACUUUUCUUCUUCAGGAAGAGGCUCCUCAAAGCCUUCCCUGCUGCCCGAAGCUUGGACAGAGAUGGAUAUCACACAACAUGUUGGGCAAAAACUCUGGAAUCACAAGGGGCGCAGGGUUUUACGACUCCGCUUCCUGUGUCAGCAGCCAAGAGGUAGUGAGGUUCUUGAGUUCCGGUGGCAUGGCACUUCAUCUUUGGACACUGCUUUCUUGUUACUCUAUUUCAAUGACACUCAGAGUGUUCAGAAGGCCAAACUUCUCCCCAGAGGCCUGGAAGAGUUUACGGAAAGAGACCCUUCUCUUCUCUUGCGGCGGGCUCGUCAAGCAGGCAUUAUCGCAUCUGAGGUUCCUGGCCGCUCCAGGGAGCGCGAUGGGCCUGAAAGUAACCAGUGUUCCCUCCACCCUUUCCAAGUCAGCUUCCAGCAGCUGGGCUGGGAUCACUGGAUCAUUGCUCCCCAUCUCUAUACCCCAAACUACUGUAAGGGAGUCUGCCCUCGGGUACUACACUAUGGUCUCAAUUCUCCCAAUCAUGCCAUCAUCCAGAACCUUGUCAAUGAGCUGGUGGACCAGAGCGUCCCCCAGCCCUCCUGUGUCCCUUAUAAGUAUGUUCCUAUUAGCAUUCUUCUGAUUGAAGCAAAUGGGAGUAUCCUGUACAAGGAAUAUGAGGAUAUGAUUGCCCAGUCCUGCACGUGCAGGUGA